CUAUAGUUAAUUCAGCAUUAUGUUACGAUCACGCCUAGCAUCCCUCCGAAGGCCGGUACAGUGCCGGACCUCAUACGCUGGUGCUGUCGACAGACACAUUCAGUUGAACGUUCGUAUCGCGAAGAUGGAAAGUCUUGAGGAGGUGGCUCGCUGUGUAGAGCAUGACCUGGGCUCUAUGAAUGUAGUCAAUAUGGUUACUUGCAUGCAUAGGGCUGCACGCCAUAGCAGUCAGGAUGCUAAGAAAGCUACUUCUCUCGUUUAUCGGCUUGCUAACAGGCUUACGGCCUUUAUGACCAAAAGUAGUCCUCGAGGCAUUGCAGAGUUGAGGCCGAUGUCCCUAUCUAAUGCUAUAUGGGCGAUAGCGACUGUUGGUGGCACAACAGAAUGGAAGGUUGAGGUCAUCGAAGCGAUGCAAGCACUGCUAACACCCGAUUUGCUGACUACGAUGAAGCCUCAACUACUGGCCAACAUAGCAUGGGGUAUCGCUAAAAUUCAUCAACAACGGAAAGUAAAGCGACACCAGAGGUGUGACUCCUCCUCGAUAGCUAUCAUUGAAUCGAUUGCACGCGAGGUGGCCCGGCGAGGGCCCGGUCAAAGGGCAUGGCCCGAGCUCCAACCACAGAACAUCAGCAACAUAAUCUGGUCCUUCGGGGUCCUUCUUGAUGCUGAUAUAGUUAUAGUAGAAACAGCGUUGAAAGAUCUCCUCCUAUUGCAACAAGUACUCCAACCGCGAGCUAGAGACAUCAGAGCUCAACAUGUUAAUAACACUACUUGGGCUAUAGCUAGGCUUUAUUCGAGGGAGGGCAUCUUGCUACCAAUAGGAGUUAGAGAGGCAGUGCAUCGACUCUUCGACUCGGCCAUUCGACGCCCUUUGGACUUCCGAUCAGCUGAUUGGGCUAAUCUAGCUUGGAGUUAUGCUAAACUGAAGGACUCCCAUGAAGGGGAAGAGAUACGCGAAUGCCGUAUAGUAGAGGCAGCAACAGAGGCACUCGAACGGCAUGACGCUGUCAAACCGCGAUCAGUCGAUUUAGCCAACGUGUUGUGGGCUGUGGCCAAGCUGAAGCUGUAUGCUUACAAGGCCUUCGCUGAGAGGUGCAUCGACCGGUACCUGAGCGAGGACAGGCUCUGGGCUGAAUGCUCAUCACAUCAUAUGUCCAGUCUUGCUAUUUGUGCACAACAACUGUCCCUUAGUAAUUUAGAGGGAAUUUUCGGCAAAAUUGGCAGCGCUAUAGUGCAAGGCUCCCACGGCUUCCAUCAUGUUGACGGUCCCACUAUCGCCUCUCUCCUCCCUGUCUUCGUUACAGCUGGUCAACAUCUCCGUCACGAGCGAGCUCUAGUAAAGCUGCGAUCACUCUGUGACCCUUCCUCGCUGGAAGCAGGGGAGGUGGUCAUAGUGAACCAUGCACUUACUCAGCUACCCUCCAAACCAGCGCUCUUCCGACCUAUCAAGUGGGAGGACUACUCCUUGUCUGUUAUGACGGACAUGUUCAAGGCAGAUCAAGACCUCUGUGAGGAAGCAUUAAAUGAUCCGUUUUCUAAAAUUGGCACUGUAGCAGUAGCAGCGGCCCGCAGUGGUGACAGGGAGGCUGAUCGCACUGAUCGUGCCAGAAAUGAUGUCCGCUUGGGUAGUGACUUCUGGAAACGAGUAGUCGACAUAGCCAUGGUUGGUCUAUGUAACCGAACCCCGCUCGAACGUGCCCAACUACUCCACGCUUUAGGGAAAAUGGCGUAUCAUCCGGGUGUGCAAUGCCUGAGGCGACUAGUCGAGGCUGCUGCUGAGACGGUUGGGGAUAUGGACCCGGCCAGUGUCGCGUUCUGCAUACAUGGUAUGGCAGCACUUGACGUUACUCCGUUACCUGAGGAAGUUGUCUCGGCUGCUUAUGAGAAGCUCCCUGGCAUGAACAGAAUGGAGGCGAUCAAGACUGCAUACUCCUUCAUACUUGGACGGAGGAGUCACGUGGGAGACGAGCAACUGAUAGAUACGCUGGCCCAUGCCUUAGCAAUGAGGAGUGAAUGCCCUGUGGAUAUGCAAUUCCAAGAGGCGAUCGCAGCCCACUGUGGAGUGGCGUUCAAACCUGCAUGUACCUUACCAGUGAUUCGACAGGAGUCGGCGGCGCCCAAGCCCAGCGCUGGUCAGAGUGAGGUAGGGAAGACCCUUUCAAUGAUGAGAGUAGCUCAUCGGGUCGAAGUUGAUGUUGGUGUUGGUGGCUACAGUAUCGACAUGGUCAUACCACUUUCUGUUUGA